CCGCGCACCCCAAUCCACAUCCUAACAUCCCAUUUCAUUGUGACAUACAUAUCUUAUUUGCCGAUUCCCGGAUUCUCGUGCUACGGCACACUUGCCAAAGCAGUUUUGUACGUACUCGGCCGCAUCCUGAUAAUAUUAAUCGUGUUGGGAUAUAUGACGUACUCACACAAUGAAGACUAGCAUCUUGACCUCCAUCCUUUCCGUCGGUUGUUUCCUCCUCAUCUCCCCAGCUCUCGCCCUUGUCGGCAGCAUUUCCGCACCCACAACCGUUCUCCACCCAGGUCAUAAAUUCACCGUAACAUUCCAUACAUCCCUCUACAUCCAAAACAACCUCCAAUUCUACGCUCUCUUCGGGAUAUGGCCUUCACCAGGCUUGGGCGAAUCCUACUUGGGGAUUCCUAUUCCAGCUGUUGGCCCCGGAAAAUUGGGCAUCGAUGUUGGUGGGAUCGAUUUGUGGGAAGCAACGUUAGCGAACACUGGGUCGAAAGCUUUCAACGUGACGUUGAGAUUACCUGUGGAUUUGACGACGCCAGGAAAUCGAACGACCAACUAUACACUUCAAAUGGGUGUGCUUGGGACAGUGGGAGCAUCCAGACUGACAACGCUGUCCUUUCACAACACAACAAUCAGGAUCAAGUCUCCCUAAUCUCCCGGUGGCCCCCAAUGAUAUCGACCCAAUCAGUAGUGUCGCAUUGAUUCCCCUUUCGUCGUCGGAUGAAUACUAUGUGUAGAUAUCAGAUCCCUACAUG